AUGGCUACAAUGCUAUGGAUGUAUGCAACAUGUCAACAGCUUCAAGCCCAGGCCCAAGCUCAUGCAGCACCAGCCAGUGGUCUUCUUGGCCAUACAGAAUUACGGUUGCAUAUGCCUCCAUCGAUAGCACUUGCAAGCCGAGGGCGUCUGCAGGGUCUCAGACUUCAGCUGGCACUUCUUGAUCGGGAGUUUGAUGAUCUAGAUUAUGAAACUUUAAGAGCUCUGGAUUCGGAUAAUGUUUCUACUGCACCUUCUAUGACUGAAGAAGAGAUAAACGCUCUUCCAGUUCACAAACACAAUGUUUCUGUUCUCCAAAAAAGUAGUUCUUCAAUGCCACAAGCACCGCCAUCAUCUUCUGCUGAGAAAACACAGGAUAAUUCAAAUGCGGUUGGAAACACAAAAGCCUCGGAUGAUGAGCUCACCUGCAGUUUUCAUGCUAAUUACAUUGAUCCUUGGUUGCGGCAACAAGGAACGUGCCCUGUUUACAAAUUUCGAGCAGGAUCUGGGUGGAAUGACGGUGGGCAUGAUGAUAUCACAGACAUGGUUUGA